UUAAGCGCGCAUAACGCAGGCGUAGAGCGAGGCUUCCGCUUCAUUCCCAGCCGGGCUCGCAGCGGAUCACUUCGGGGACAAGAGAGAGACGCUCGGCCAACGCCAACAGAACCAGAGCCGCAACAUGUCGGAGCCAAAAUACCGAGAAUGGAUCCUGGAGACCAUCGACUCCCUGCGCUCGAGAAAAGCCCGACCGGACCUGGAAAGAAUCUGCCGAAUGGUCCGAAGAAGACACGGUUCAGACCCGGACAACACCAGGGCUGAACUAGAAAAACUGAUCCAGGAGCAAACUGUGCUGAAAGUUAGCUACAAGGGCUCCAUUUCCUACAGGAACGCCGCGAAAGUGCAAAGAAAAUGCAGAAAGAGAAGCGAGCAAACCGAGUCCGCGCGCGAGCAAACCAAACACGCCAGUUGCAAUAACAACGGCGACAGCGCGCUCAGUCUCACGGACCAAGAAGAAGAGUGCGAGGAGGAGGAGAAGAAGGAGGAAAGUGCUGAGAGCUUGUGUUCUUCUGAACCCCUGCCUCCUCAAACCUCGCCCUCCAAUCUCGAAAAGGAAGACAAAAUUGUAACACAACCGAGCGGAAACUGUUUUGUUAGUUGCGGCGCGACGGUGUGUUCCGCGGGGAGCGUGAAAGCAAGUGCGUCGAAGGACAAGAGAUUAGUCACCGAGGCGGUGGGGAAAAGUGAUGCUUCAAGAGGCGACACGCGCGGCGCGGUCCAUGAAGGCACCGAUAAUAACGAUGAAGAGGAGGAGCGGAAAACUUGCUCGAGUAGUCCGGCUACGACUAACAAGCCCCCCGCCUCCCCAAAACCCAAACUCAAGGGCUCUUGUGUGCGUGCCUCGGAGUCUCUGGAUGAAAGCAGUGCUGAUUUAGGCGAUAGACUGGUUGCCGCGGUCCGAAGUCUGUCCCGGGGCUCCGCCGCAACACGGGGCCACGCGCCACCGGGGCUGAAUGAGAUCCUGGGCUUCCUCAGCACACAGAGCGGGAUGCCCGGGGAAAAGCUGACCCGCAACCGCGUUAAAGUGGUGCUGGAGCGCGAGCUCGAGAGGGGUCGCCUGCGCAGGACGCGUCUCGGCCACAUCGCUCUCCACGCGAGGGCCAACAAGCCUCCGUCCGCGCGACUCCUGAAGAGCGCGCUGCAGGACAGACAUCUCGCGAAAAAGGAGGAGGUGAAGGAGGAAGAGAGGAUGGAGGACGAGGAGAAGAACAUCCCAGAGGAAAACAUCUCCGGCUCAGCCGAGGACGAUCCCAAGCCCAUCCCGGAUGAAGAUCCCACCGGGGUCCGAACCGACCCCGCGUCACAUGACCUGGAGCUCAGCCAAUCACCAGCGCCGUCUGAGGGGAAGCCUUCACCGCUCCAGCAGCCGGAGGAAGACGCGGCGGGACGUCCAG